ACUCUUUGUUGUAUAGCAGAUUUUGUUCCCGACAUAACAUUUAAUUUAUCAUCUAUAAGAAUCCACAUGUAUUCGAUCAAAACCAAGUGUGCAGAUAACUAUGACCGAACUGUUGCGAAUGGCAACAAAGACACCACACUAUGAUAUUUGUGCCGCAAUGUGUGACUCGAAUAGAGGAAUUGGACUUAAGGGUUACUUCCCUUGGCCGUACUUGAAGGGUGAUCACGACCACUAUAAAAAGCUGACGAUGACCAGGGUUGACCCGACCAAAUCUAUAGCGUUUAUCCUGGGACGGAGAACGUGGGAGUUUUGGUACGAAGAGGAACGAGAGACGGCUGGUCUACACAACAUCGUUAUUAGUUCCACCGUGCAGGACGGACACCAUCCAAGUAUUCACAAAGUAUGUUCAACCUUUGACCUCGCUAUUGAAUAUCUCACAACGCCCUCUGUCGUUGAAAAGAUAGAACGGAUUUGGGUGAUGGGUGGCUCACAGAAUUAUCAAAUCGCUGUCAAUCAUAAGGCAUGCAACAGACUAUAUCUAACUAGGAUAUUUGGCGAUUUUGAAGCUGAUGUCUUUUUUCCUGAAUUUGAAGAGAAAUUUAGAAAAAUCAGUUGCAGUGACGCCCACAUUUAUGAAGACAAUGGAGUGCAAUACUGUUUUGAAGUCUAUAAAAAACUUUGACUUAUCGAAGAAGUGGGGGUGGGUUCGGGUAGGGGACGUAACCCAGUGGUAAAGCGCUCGCCUGAUGCACGGUCGGUCUAGGAUCGAUCCCCGUCGGUUGGCCCAAUGAGCUAAUUCAUGGUCCAGCUAGUGCAGGAGGGUACGGCCAUGAUAGCCCGGUGGUAAAGCGCUUGCUUGAUGCGCGGUCGAUUUGGGAUCGAUCCUUGUUGGUGGGCCCAUUGGGCUAUUUCUCAUUCCAGCCAGCGCACCACGACUGGUAUAUCAAAGGCGGUGGUAUGUGCUUUCCUGUUUGUGGGAUGG